UCAUUUCAGUGCUUUGAGUUGAGACUGUUUCUGCUGCAAAUGCUUGAUUAGAACAACUGUCCUUGCAGUGACUUGUGCAGAAAAUACAAACGUACAGGAUGAAGCUGGAAAAGGACAAACACGACAGAAGAGAGAAGAAGAAGUCCAAACGCUCCUCUAAAGACCGAGAGAAGGACUCUGCGCUGAACGGCAAACACAAACCCUCCUCGAAGAUGAAGCAGUCAGACAGGCCAUCUGGAGUCAGCAGCAGCGCAGUGCAAUGUGAAGCAGGAGGUGGUGGCACGCAUGAGGAUGUCAAAGUAGAUCCUGAUGAAAGAAAUGAUGGACAGCAGAAACCAGGUUCUCCAGAAAUCAACAACAACAAAGAGAAGACUCGAUCAAAAAGCAGCAAGCAGCGUCACAAUCAUAAGGAGAGGACUGCAGAUGUGAAGCUCUGCGGCGAGGAUGAAAACCUGUGUGAAUCUGUCCAGGUGAAGAAGAGGAGGGUCAAAGAUGAAGAGAGCCCAGAGAAACACGAUAAGAACCAGUCAUCUGGGAGGAAAAGGAAGAAGACGAGUUCUGAGCAUGAGAAAGCAGAGAAGAACAAAAAGACCAAGAAAGACGGAGACCAGGAGAAGAAGAAGAAGGCGGAGGAGUCUGAUAAGUGGAAGUGGUGGGAGGAAGGAAAGUCAUCAGACACUCAGAAAUGGAGCAGUUUGGAGCACAAAGGACCGUAUUUCCCUCCUGAAUACGAGCCGCUGCCUGAUAACAUCUGCUUCUAUUAUGACGGUCAGCCAAUGAAACUCAGUCCCGCGACGGAGGAAAUCGUCACGUUCUACGCUAAGAUGCUGGAUCACGAAUACACCAGUAAAGAAGUGUUUCAGAACAACUUCUUCAGUGACUGGAAGGAGGAAAUGACUAAAGAAGAGCGGAAGCUGAUCAAGAUGCUCUCCAAGUGUGACUUCAGUCAGAUCCACAAGUAUUUCGUGGAGAAGUCUGAGGAGCGUAAGAAUAUGACGAAGGAGGAGAAGCAGGUCCUGAAGGAGGAAGCCAGCCGGCUGAUGGAGGAGUACGGCUUCUGUCUGCUGGAUGGACACCGCGAGAAGAUCGGGAACUUCAAGCUGGAGCCGCCGGGGCUGUUCCGCGGCCGAGGAGAACAUCCUAAGAUGGGCAAGCUGAAGAAACGCAUCCAGCCCGAGGACGUGACCAUCAACUGCAGCCAAGACUCGAAGAUCCCGGCACCCCCUGCAGGCCACCACUGGAAGCGCGUGCAGCACGAUAACACGGUCACAUGGCUGGCGUCAUGGCUGGAGAACAUUCACGGACGACCCAAAUACAUCAUGCUAAACCCCAGCUCCAAGCUCAAGGGCGAGAAGGACUGGCAGAAGUACGAGACGGCGCGGCGGCUGAAGAUGAAGGUGGACUCCAUUAGGAAGCAGUACAGACGCGACUGGACCUCCAGAGAGAUGAAGAGCCGACAGAGAGGAGUCGCCAUCUACUUCAUCGACAAGCUGGCGCUGCGAGCGGGGAACGAGAAGGACGACGAGUCGGCUGAUACGGUGGGCUGCUGCUCUCUGCGUGUCGAGCACAUCACGCUCCACCGGCGUCUGGACGGACAGGAACACGUGGUGGAGUUCGACUUCCUGGGCAAAGACUCCAUCCGCUACUACAACAAAGUGCCUGUGGAGAAACAGGUUUUCAAGAAUCUGAAACUGUUCAUAAAGCAUAAGGAUCCAGAAGAUGAUUUAUUUGACCGAAUUACAACGGUCAAACUCAACAAAACCCUGAACGAGUGCAUGCCUGGACUGACGGCCAAAGUGUUUCGAACCUUCAACGCCUCGACCACGCUGCAGGAUCAGCUCAACAAACUCACCACAGAGGGCAUGACGGUGGAGGAGAAGAUCCUGUCGUAUAACCGAGCAAACAGAGCCGUGGCCAUCCUCUGUAACCACCAGAGGGCAGCACCCAAAACCUUCGAGAAGUCAAUGCAGCUGCUGCAGGAGAAGGUGAGACACACCAUCAUCAUCAUCAUCAUCAUCCUUUCAGACGCUCCUGACCAGUUUCUGAGGUCAAACCUUAUUGGAUUCCAGGUGGGUUUGCUGCUGGAGAAGAAGGAGAAGGCUGUUCAGAGACUGAGUGAGCAGUUGAAGAAGCUGCAGCUGCAGGAAACCGAUCGCGAGGAGAACAAAGUCAUUGCUCUGGGCACGUCCAAACUCAACUAUCUGGACCCACGCAUCAGCGUGGCCUGGUGUAAGAAACAUCAGGUGCCCGUUGAAAAGAUCUACAACAAAACCCAGAGGGACAAGUUCGCCUGGGCCAUCGACAUGACUGACGAGAACUUCCAGUUCUGAAGAGCAGCCCGUGCUUCUGUGUUAAUGUUGUGCUGUGUGAUUAUUUGUGCUGUUUUGUUUUUUUGAAUCAAUGAUGCUAGCGUCUCCAGUAAAGCCUCUCGUUCAUCAGCUCGCUGUUCUUUCUUCUGAGCGACAGCUGCCAGUCUCUAGUUUGCAUUAUCAGCCUCGAACGCUUCAAUACAAGUCGCUUCAGAAUAGUGCAGAGGUUUUUAUAGCAGGGCUUCAAUAUUUGAUCAGCCGCUUCUACCUGCUGGGUUUAAAUGAGGCUGAAGGUGUGACUCAGAAUGUCAACGUGACACGAGAGUCGAGAUCUGGAGGAUCAUCAGAGAGAUCGGGAUUUGGGCCGGAUUAGAGUUUCUCUGAGAGGAACGGCUGGGAAUAAUAAGCGCUCUGGGAGCCGCAGUCUGUUUGCAGGAGCGUCGUGACCUGCUAAUAUCGCAUUUAUCACUGCAACAAAACGCUCGAGAGAUCCGUGUUGAGCGUCUCAAGCACACAUCAGAAAUCAGUGUAGUCGUUUGAGCGUUUCGGUCGAGAAACACCGUUCUGUCCAUUAGUUUCAUUCAUCCUUCAGGUUCAGUUCCUCCCACUCUUUGGCUUUAUAACCAAUGUUUGUUCAUGCAUUUGAUUUUUCUCUGCUGUAAGAGUGUUGGACUGUAAUGCAGCUGAUGGGUUCGUUGUGCUGGUGAAUGUUCCGAAGGUUUUUAAUAUUUAAAAAUAAUAUUUAAAUGCGUGUGCGCAAUCAAGUGUUACAGAAACAUGCUUAACACCCUCACCUAAAUCAUCUUUCUGCUUCGUCUAAUUUUCCAAGGUUUCCAGAGGCUUGAAGAGCACACCCACCUUUUCAAAAUCAGA